CCGUACAAAACAGCUCCUCGUUCAACACCGUUUGCCAUCAUGCUGCUGCACUUCAUAUUUUUUCGCUCGUUCAUCUUCUUGCAGCAGCAAAGGCGACUCUGACUGGGUUCCUUUCUACUUUUGCGAGACGAACGAGCCGUUCGUCUCAACAGCCGAAAUGAACCCAGAUCGGUUCGUCUCCGCUGCUGUGACACAUAGAUGGACUUGACUGCGAAUACGACGGGAUGAAGCUCAGGUGGCUGCCGGUGGAAGGAGAAUUUAAGAAAUGGAAAAAAAUCAGUUGGCGGCGAUGAUUUUGAAGAAAAUGGGAAGAUGAAAGGUAGGGUGGAAAAAAGGCAAAAUCCUAGAGGGGAACGCAGUCAUUUUUCGUCGUCCGAUGAUAAUGCAAUGCUGAAACAAAUUCAGGCAACUCAUUGUCCCGACGGCCGCGAAUUCGCGACCAAGCCUCUUCUUCAUGUUGUUGAAGAUAUUUUUCACCGUGCUGCUAUGCCCUCUGGAUUUGCUGACAUUGCUCAGCAUCAAGGAAUUCAUCAGGAACCGGAAAUUGAUACAUUGGAUGAGAAAACUCUCCAAAAUGGAUUCUUUGAAAUGUUGGAAAUGUUGUCUUACACAAUCAACAAAAUAUCCUGCGAGCUAACCUGCAAGUGUUCAGGGGGUGGAGAUGCUCAUACUACAACAUUAUCAAUAUUUAACCUUAUAUCAGGCUACUCUUGGGAUGCAAAAAUUGUGCUAGCCUUAUCAGCUUUUGCAGUGAACUACGGAGAAUUCUGGCUAGUCAAUCAGCUUUGCCUUACAAAUCCACUGGCAAAAUCAGUUGCUCUUCUGAAGCAGUUGCCGGACAUGCUCGAACAGUCCAACGCGUUGAAACCAAAGUUCGAGACGCUGAACAACCUGAUGAGGGCUAGUUUAGAUGUUGCCAAAUGCAUCGUUGAGUUUAAGGAGCUCCCGUCGCAUUAUAUCACUCAUGAUAUGCCGGAAAUGUUAACUGCUACUGCUCAUAUUCCUGCAGCUGCUUACUGGACUAUCAGGAGUAUUGUGGCUUGUGCUUCUCAGAUUAUUGGCCUUAUUGGCAUGGGUCAUGAGUACAUAGCAUCAACAACAGAAGCUUGGGAGCUAUCAAGCUUGGCACAUAAGGUCCAAAGUAUUCAUGAACAUCUCAUGAAGCAGCUCACGCAAUGUUACCAUAUAAUCGAUGAGAAAAGACACAUUGAAUCUUAUCAGACGCUGAUACGCCUUUUCGAAACGAACCAUGCUGAUAACAUGAAGAUCCUUAGAGCUCUGAUUUAUGCUAAGGAUGAUCAGUUACCACUUUAUGAUGGUCAUGCCAAAAGAAGGGUUAGUCUCGAUUCACUGCGGAGAAAAAAUGUUCUGCUAUACAUUUCAGAUCUUGAUCUUCCUCAUGAAGAGCUGUCAAUACUUGAACAAAUGUAUGCUGAAGCAAGGCAGCACCCUGACAGGAUUGAGAGUCAAUACGAGGUAGUGUGGCUACCGGUGGUGGACCGAUCAUCAUCAUGGAAUGAUAUAAAACAGAGCCAAUUUGACACUCUCCAGUCGUUGAUGCCAUGGUAUUCGGUUUAUCACCCUUCGCUGCUCGACUCAGCGGUAAUUAGAUACAUCAAGGAGGUCUGGAAAUUCAACAAGGAACCUUUGGUCGUAGUGUUGGACCAUCAAAAAGUUGUGAAUCAAAAUGCUAUUCACAUGAUGUGGAUUUGGGGUAGCGCAGCUUUCCCGUUCACUAGCCUCCGCGAGGAAGCGCUCUGGAAAGAGGAAAGCUGGAGAAUUGAUUUAUUAGCGGACGCCAUUGAUCCAAACAUCCCCCUCUGGAUACAACAAGGGAAGCACAUAUGCUUGUAUGGAGGAGAAGACAUUGAUUGGAUCCGCAAAUUCACGGUAACAGCAGACGCAUUGGCACGAGCUUUAGGCAUCGAGUUAGAGAUGCUAUACGUCGGAAAGAGCAAUCCGAGAGAGAAAAUCCGGAAAAACAACAUAAUAAUUCAACAUGAGAAUCUGAGUCAUGUACUUCAAGAUCUUACAUUAAUAUGGUUCUUUUGGGUACGACUAGAAAGCAUGUGGCAUUCCAAGGUACAACACAACAGGACAGUAGAGAACGACGCGAUAAUGCAAGAGAUCGUAACGAUGUUAAGCUUCGAUGGAAGUGAUCAGGGAUGGGCUGUGAUCAGCAAAGGAUCGGGAGGAGGUGGCGAAGGACAAUUGGCUAAAGGUAAAGGAGGUGACAUGUUAAACUGUUUUGAUGAUUUUCAGUCCUGGAGACAAAUUGCUGAGGAGACAGGGUUUGUGUCUGCUUUGCAUGAAUAUCUGCGAGGACAUCAUAAUCCACAUCACUGCAACAGGUUGAUUCUGCCGGGUACUACCGGAAGCAUUCCUGAAAUGAUUGCUUGCGCGGAAUGUAAUCGUCCGAUGGAAAAGUUCUUUAUGUACCGCUGCUGUACGGAUUGAUAAUCAGGCUUCAAAAUUGGUUGCUUUUGAGUUGCUUUUGUAUUUCUGUUUGUUUCAUUUCAUUUCUUGCAAGUGUAAUUAAGUACUUAUGUCUCGGUGUUUCAUGUAAGUACUUAUGUUUUGAUGUUUUGUUUAUGUAUUUAUGUUUCAGCA